CUGACCAGGUCCUUCUCUCUCUACCACGCAGUCUAGCUGCACCAAUACCCUCUCUCUUGCUUUCAUACUCAUGAUCUUUCUUCAUGUCUAUUUUUGGUCUUCCUGGCUCAAGCUUCUUUGGGCCACUGAAACACAACCCUCACUCUCUUUCUCUCCCCUCUGGUAUGUAUGCUGCUGGUAGGAGCCCCCCAGGUAAAAACUGCUGCAGAAAUCCUUUAGUGCUCCUUCCUCAGGAAAACUGAUGGCUUCUGGACCACAGCUCAGUUUUUAAGCUGGACAACCUUCUGAUGGGUUUUAAACUUCGAAUUGGAUGUGGACAUUUUUCUUUCCGAUGACAGAAUCACUGGAACUUCCCCUUUGCAGUUGCUUCCUUUCCUUAAAGGUAGCUGAAUCUUGCUGUCUUUAAAAACCUUUUCUUUCCAAAUCUGCCAGCCAUGCCGACUGUCAUUAGUGCCUCUGUGGCCCCACGGACAGGGGCUGAGCCCAGGUCCCCAGGGCCCAUCGCCCAGGCAGCCCAGGGCAAGGGAACGGAGGCAGGGGGUGGAAACCCAAGUGGCAUCUACUCAGCCAUCAUCAGCCGCAAUUUUCCCAUUAUUGGGGUGAAAGAGAAGACAUUCGAGCAGCUUCACAGGAAAUGUCUGGAAAAGAAGGUUCUUUUUGUGGAUCCUGAGUUCCCACCGGAUGAGACCUCCCUGUUUUACAGCCAGAAGUUCCCCAUCCAGUUCAUCUGGAAGAGACCUCCGGAAAUUUGUGAGAAUCCCCGAUUUAUCAUUGGUGGAGCCAAUAGAACUGACAUCUGCCAAGGAGAUCUAGGGGAUUGCUGGUUUCUUGCAGCCAUCGCUUGCCUGACCUUGAACAAGCGUCUGCUUUUCCGGGUCAUACCCCAUGAUCAGAGUUUCACCGAAAACUAUGCGGGGAUUUUUCACUUCCAGUUCUGGCGCUAUGGAGACUGGGUGGACGUGGUUAUUGAUGACUGCCUGCCAACUUACAACAAUCAACUGGUUUUUACCAAAUCCAACCAUCGCAAUGAGUUCUGGAGUGCUCUGCUGGAGAAGGCUUAUGCUAAGCUCCAUGGUUCGUAUGAAGCCCUAAAAGGUGGGAACACUACAGAGGCCAUGGAGGACUUCACAGGAGGAGUGACAGAGUUUUUUGAAAUCAAGGAUGCUCCCAGAGACAUGUACAAGAUCAUGAAGAAAGCCAUCGAGAGGGGUUCCCUCAUGGGCUGCUCCAUUGAUGAUGGCACAAACAUGACCUAUGGAACCUCUCCUUCUGGGCUGAAAAUGGGGGAGUUGAUUGAGCGAAUGGUGAGGAAUAUGGAUAACUCGCGGCUCAGGGACUCAGACCUCAUCCCUGAGGGAUGCUCAGAUGACAGACCGACUCGGACGAUUGUUCCAGUUCAGUAUGAGACAAGAAUGGCCUGUGGGCUGGUCAAAGGCCAUGCCUACUCAGUCACUGGGCUGGAGGAGGCCCUGUACAAGGGUGAGAAAGUGAAGCUGGUGCGGCUGCGGAACCCCUGGGGCCAGGUGGAGUGGAAUGGCUCCUGGAGUGACAGCUGGAAGGACUGGAGUUAUGUGGACAAGGACGAGAAGGCCCGUUUGCAGCACCAAGUCACUGAAGAUGGAGAGUUCUGGAUGUCCUACGAUGAUUUUAUCUACCAUUUCACAAAGCUGGAGAUCUGCAACCUCACAGCUGAUGCCCUGGAGUCCGACAAGCUUCAGACUUGGACAGUGUCCGUGAAUGAGGGCCGCUGGGUGAGGGGCUGCUCUGCCGGAGGCUGCCGCAACUUCCCAGACACUUUCUGGACCAACCCACAGUACCGUCUGAAGCUCCUAGAGGAGGACGACGACCCUGAUGAUUCCGAGGUGAUCUGUAGUUUCCUAGUGGCCCUGAUGCAGAAGAACCGGAGGAAGGACCGGAAGCUGGGGGCUAACCUCUUCACCAUCGGUUUUGCCAUCUACGAGGUUCCCAAAGAGAUGCAUGGCAACAAGCAGCACCUGCAGAAGGACUUCUUCCUGUACAACGCCUCCAAGGCCAGGAGCAGAACCUACAUCAACAUGCGGGAGGUGUCCGAGCGCUUCCGCCUGCCUCCCAGCGAGUACGUCAUUGUGCCCUCCACCUACGAGCCCCACCAGGAGGGCGAGUUCAUCCUUCGGGUCUUUUCGGAAAAGAGGAACCUCUCUGAGGAAGUUGAGAAUACAAUCUCCGUGGAUCGGCCAGUGAAAAAGAAAAAAACCAAGCCCAUCAUCUUCGUUUCAGACAGAGCAAACAGCAAUAAGGAGCUGGGUGUGGACCAGGAAACAGAGGAGGGCAAAGACAAAGCAAGCCCUGAUAAGGAAGCGAAAUCCCCACAGCCAGAGCCCAGCAACACUGACCAGGAAAGUGAGGAACAGCGGCAGUUCCGGAAUAUUUUCAGGCAGAUAGCAGGCGACGACAUGGAGAUCUGUGCAGAUGAGCUCAAGAACGUCCUUAACAGAGUUGUGAACAAACAUAAGGACCUGAAGACACAAGGCUUCACGCUGGAGUCCUGCCGUAGCAUGAUCGCUCUCAUGGAUACAGAUGGCUCUGGGAGACUGAACCUGCAAGAGUUUCAUCACCUCUGGAAGAAGAUUAAGACGUGGCAGAAAAUUUUCAAACACUAUGACACAGACCAAUCUGGCACCAUCAACAGCUACGAGAUGCGCAAUGCAGUCAAUGAUGCAGGCUUCCACCUCAACAACCAGCUCUAUGACAUCAUUACCAUGCGCUAUGCAGACAAGCACAUGAACAUUGACUUCGACAGUUUCAUCUGCUGCUUUGUCAGGCUGGAGGGCAUGUUCAGAGCUUUCAAUGCAUUUGACAAGGAUGGGGACGGUAUCAUCAAACUCAACGUUCUCGAGUGGCUGCAGCUCACCAUGUAUGCCUGAACCAAGCUGGCUGCAUCCAAGGCAUGGAGGAUCACUCAGGAUUUCAACUUCACCCAACAGAGCUAAAGUCACUUACCUCAAAGGACACUGUUGCUGUACCCCCAGGAAGCCUCCAGGCACCUCAUCAGUCUAGUUCCUCCUCUACUCACUUCCCUCCCAGCCUUAGGGCAUCUGUCCAUUUGUCAGGCCCAGCCUGGCCCUUCAGUUAAGGAAUGGGGAAGGGAGAGCUGUGUUGUCCCUGUGCCACAUGGAGCCAAGUGCCUCUGUCUGCUUCGGCUAGCCACAGGCCAGUGAGAGCUUUGCUUGGAGUCUGAUGGCCUCAGCUCUGAAGACAAGUACUCUCCUUAGAUGCUUGCAGCUGUUUGCAGAAGCAUUUGCCAAUGGCACUCAGUACUUCCUGGUGCUAGAACCCCCACCCCCACCCCGCGUCCGCCCCAUCAUCUCUUAUGUUCUCCCACCAAUGGGACAGCAGCCCAAUGAGCACUUGGUUCUGCCUGAUUGUUUCAGGAUGGGCCUGCUCUGGAGUAAACUAGUUCAGUGAAAAGAGCUUUGGACACUUUGGGUUAUCUGACUCAUAAGUUAGGUUGCAUUCUGAAAAAAGUUCAUCUAAAUAAAGGCAUAUGUUUUGCUGGUUUGACUGUGUUUUGUUUUCUCACAUUGAGAGCUACAGCAAGACUAAGUAGCUCCAAUCUCACCCAUCAGGUAUAGAGCUCUAGUUUCAGAAUACAGCAAUGGAAAAUACACACACACACACAAACACAAAUCCCAAACCCCACUUUAAUCAAGCCUUUUUGCUAUUUCUUGAGCACAGGAAUCAAAUACUUUCCAAGAUACACCAGGAAAGGAAGGGGAAUAGCUGUUGGUGUCUAGAUCAAGACAAAAUGGGUCACUAUUAACUGGAAGCGCAAGUUAGCAGACUGUAAGGGCGCAG